AUCCUCUACUCUGUAGUUAUAAUCCGACUAGACAUUGCGUUCGUAGCUACGAAGCUCUCCUAUAUCUAUAUACUAUACGCUUCCUUAGUAUAUAGUAUAAGGAUAAAGGCGUUCACUAGGUACUUUAGAUUAUAUCCAACGUAUUAUAUAGCGAUAAUCCAGAUAUACGAUACUCUUUAUAGGGCUAUAUUAUAA